GGGAAGACUUGCAGCUCACUCUUUACUCAGCUUCUUGCGCUCUGCCCUCCCUAGCUAGGAAGAGUUAGCAGCUACUGCUCUAGCUGUCUGUAUUGUUUGGUAGAAAAGUGAUGGCUGUUCAUUCCAAACGAGGCAUCUUAUUCUCUUUCUUUUUCUUGUUUUUCUUAUCUUCUCAGGUUUUCUCUGUGUAAUUGGAGAGCUUGGAGGUUAUCAAAUUAAACCACCCAGAGUCUGAGUUAUGGAAUGCAUGUGCAGGCUGAUUGUUCUUCUUAUGUUACUUGGAGGGAAUAUGUUUCAUCUGGUUUUAAGAAGAUAAGAUUUCAGAAAAGAGAAUUACAUAAAUAAAUAAUUUCGUGCAAAUCUUUUUCUGUUUUUCUUUCUUCUAACCUACUUCAUUAUUUGGUUAUUGGGGACGUCUCGGAAACUGUUUCCGUGAAGAAAAGGCGUGUUAAACAGUGCUCCAGUUUCCAGUUCUGCAUAAAAAUAAGGGAUAUUACUUGAUAAAGUUCAAAACUUUGAGCUCAGUUGAUUAUCGAUAUGGAAGAUGGAUCAAGGUGCAAGUUGAAGGAUCCUGGGGUCUCUAUGAGGAAGCCAUCUUCGAGUACUACAUCUUUGAAAAGACCGCGACAACCCAAUAACGAAACCAAGAUUGCUGCAUGCUUGGUUGAUGGGUGCAAUUCGGACCUUAGCAAAUGCCGGGAUUAUCAUCGACGGCAUAAAGUAUGUGAGCUCCAUUCAAAGACCUCAAAAGUUACAAUCAAGGGCCAGGAACGGCGGUUCUGUCAGCAGUGCAGCAGGUUCCAUUCGUUGGUGGAAUUCGAUGAAGGAAAAAGAAGCUGCAGAAGACGUCUUGAUGGACACAACAAACGUAGGAGGAAGCGUCAGUCAGAAUCCAUGUCCACAAAUUUGGGAAGAUUUCUUUCCAAUUACCAAGGCACAAGAUUCUUGUCAUUCGGUAAUCCACAAAUGUGUGCAGCAAAUGCUGUCAUGAACUCUCCGUGGGGCUACGCAUUGAAACCGGAGAAUGAUUCUGUGCUGCUUGAUAACCACUCACAAUUAAAUGAGACAAGAAGAAGCUCAUAUACUUACCGAGAAAAACAAAUCCCAUUUGUGCAAGGCUUUGAAUACGCGCACUCAGAAGCUUCUGUCUACCAACCAUUUACAAAUGCCAACUUUGCACUGGGAAAUUCUAGCAACAGCCAUAGAAUGUUUGCCAAUGGAUUAUACCGCGACAGAGAAUCUAAUUGUGCUCUCUCUCUUCUGUCAUGGACACGAGCAACACAAGAGGAGAUUGGGCUAAGCCACACAGCGCAGUCCAGUUCAGUAUGCCCGGCUCAGUCCAUGAUCCCAAGAAUCCACUACAAAAAUGUGGGAGUGCAGGAUGAGGCUGCAAUUUCUAAUUUGGUUAGUGAUGGCAACAGCAUUGGCAAUCUCCACUGCCAGGGCAAGUUUCAGAAUUCAAAUUAUUCCUGAUGCCUCAACUGCUGGUGCAUUCUACCCUUCUGGUGGGAAAAGUUUUAUAUGCAAAAUUAUCCCUCCUACUCGUUUGUCUUUUCAGUUAAGAACUUAACAGUCCCCAGAAGGGUGGAAAUAAUGAUGCUGCUAAAUGGGAUUGUUUUUCCCAUUUCUGAGAAGAAUUAUAUUUUGCAUAAGUGGAGUUUCCAUGAUGUAACCAUUAUGAGUUGCCACUCUGAUUAAUGUUUAUGAAGUUGUUUGCUUUCAUGACAA